AAUUAUUACCGCGUUUAUUAUAAAAGUUUCUAGGGUUUACGAAAUUUGGGUCUCUCUCCCUCUCUCUACUUAACGCUCUCUGUAUCUUCUUCUCCGUCAACGAUACGAACCCAGAGACGUCGGCGGUUAAAACAAUCGUCGGAUCUCUCUGGAUUCGUUAGACGAGAAGUUUCCGGUAUCUAAUUUCUGUGCGUUAGAGAGAAAUUAGGGUUGUUGCUACGAUGGAUGAGACUUUACUUGACGAUAUAAUACGACGGCUUUUGGCGACGAAUAAUGGAAGGACGGUGAAGCAAGCACAGAUUACUGAGACGGAGAUACGUCAGCUAUGUUUAGCUUCAAAAGAGGUUUUUCUCAGUCAGCCUAAUCUCCUCGAGCUCGAGGCUCCUAUCAAGAUUUGCGGAGAUGUUCAUGGUCAGUUUCCAGACCUCUUGCGGUUGUUUGAGUAUGGUGGUUAUCCACCAGCUGCGAACUACUUGUUUCUUGGGGAUUAUGUUGAUCGUGGUAAGCAGAGCAUAGAGACGAUAUGCCUUCUUCUUGCCUAUAAGGUCAAAUACAAGUUCAACUUCUUUCUUCUCAGAGGCAAUCACGAAUGUGCUUCAAUCAACCGUGUAUAUGGAUUCUACGAUGAAUGCAAAAGAAGAUAUAAUGUUCGCUUAUGGAAAACAUUCACCGAGUGCUUCAACUGUCUGCCUGUUUCUGCUCUCAUUGAUGAUAAGAUCCUCUGCAUGCAUGGUGGACUAUCGCCUGAUAUUAAGAGCUUAGAUGACAUCAGGAGAAUUCCUCGUCCUAUUGACGUUCCUGAUCAGGGCAUUCUUUGUGAUUUGUUGUGGGCUGAUCCUGACAGAGAGAUUCAAGGCUGGGGGGAGAAUGACAGAGGUGUCUCUUAUACAUUUGGGGCUGACAAAGUAGCUGAGUUCCUUCAAACUCAUGACCUUGAUCUUAUAUGCCGAGCUCAUCAGGUUGUAGAAGAUGGAUACGAGUUCUUUGCAAAGAGACAACUAGUGACAAUAUUCUCUGCACCCAAUUACUGUGGCGAGUUUGACAAUGCUGGUGCAUUGAUGAGUGUUGAUGAUAGCUUAACAUGUUCAUUCCAAAUCCUUAAGGCAUCUGAGAAGAAAGGAAGAUUUGGAUUCAACAACAAUGUUCCUAGACCAGGAACCCCACCUCAUAAGGGUGGAAAAGGUCGUUAACUCGUCGUCGAUGGGUUCAAGAAACGAGUGAAACCGACGGGUUCGAAUUUUGUAAGGCAAACAGUUUGUUUUGUUAGAUUGUUAUCUGUUUUCUUAUGGUUGAGGCAACAUUAUGUUUUGUUUAGAUUUUUUUUGUAAAAAUUGUGGAAGAUGUUCACAGCAUUUUCAACUGAAGAAAGUUGGGUUUUAUACAACUAACCUUUUAGAAACAUAUUCUAAAAACAUAAACGUAAAAUUUAUAAAAAUAAUAAAAUGAAACUUGAAAAACAAUUAUCUUAUUUGACG